CACCAGCUUGUAACAGCUGUAUACAAUCGACUGAAGUUUUACAGAUUAUUCUAUUCCACACUUUUAUCAUUUGCCAAAGAAAAGUGUGAGGGACUUCCAGCGGCCCAGAAGCAGCUAAGUCAGAUGGCUGAGAUAUUGCCAGCCAUCAUAGGCACAUGGCAUCUUGGGAUACAGGAGGAACCAACACCGGCCUCCAAGAAUGGUUGGUUGUUGUGUCACAUAUCAUACAAGUUACAUAGGCAAACAUCUGACUAUACCAGUUGGAAGUUGAUGAUGAUCCCCGAUCAUCAGCCACGGGUGGACUCUCUAAAUUACAUGGUCACGCUGGUUAAGAAGCUACAGACAAUUACAACAAUACCAGAACUUGGCUCAUUGCACUUCAUAUUUGAAGCUUUUAUGGAUUUCAGUAAAUCUUCUCCAUGUGUGUUAUCCAGAUCUCUGCUGCAGCUGGUACUACUUCCUCCCAACCGGAGAGUGUUUGGUACUCAAAGUGUUGUGGAUGCCCUUAAGGAGACCAUCAGGAGCUUCAUUGCACCUCCUGGCCUCUCACCCAAAUCCUCCAUCUACAAUCAUCCACAAGCCAAAGAGUAUGUUGAUGCACUCCUGACUAGAUCAGCGCGCCCUUUUUGUACCCUGUUCCAAAUUACAGGCCACAAUAGAGCAAGACAGAGAGACAAGUGGGCACACAUACUUGAAGAUCUGUCCAACUUGCAGGAGGAGGCAGACAAAGUCGAUGCUUAUCUGCACACUCUGCUCAUCAAGACAGAGAGAAACAGGAACCACCUGGCAUGUUUUGGUACAUGGGUUCUGUACCAUACUCUCAAUGCCAUGAUAAACUACACCUUGUCAGGCUUUGAGCUGGAGCUCUAUGCUGUGUUUGAAUAUCACUAUGUGUACUGGUAUCUUUAUGAACUGCUGUAUGCGUGGCUGGUGUCAACACUACACAGAGCUGACAGUUUCCUGCUAGAAGCUGACAGUGCACCAGAUUUAACCCAGAAAGGCAGAAGCAGCAAGAAAAACAAAAAGAAAAAGAGGACAAAGACACUAACUCGAGAACUGACAAUGGCCCAAGCUUAUCAACAAAUGUUUUGUGCAUAUUAUAAAGCUGUGGUUGGUUUCCAGCUGUGUGGCAAACUGAAAGAACCAAAGUUCAGGUUUGAUCAUGAAGAGGUUCGCUACAGCCAUAGGUUUGCUCCUUUCGCUGCCAUUGUGACCCCUCCGAUGGUACACUACGCCCAAUACAAGGAAAUGUCAGAUCUUCGCCGCUACGACCCUGUGCCAACCAUGCAAGAAAUGUUUGGGUCUGCCUGCAAAUGUUUUUGUCAAGCCAAGGAGCUUCUAGACUCUGUGUCUCCAACAACAGAAGAGAUCCAGACCAUUGUGAAGAUAGCCAAGACAAACUUUGUUGUCAUGAAACUGCUCAUGGGAGGACAUAAGGAGGACUCCAUGGACCCACCAGAGUUUGACUUUUCACAGCACAAAAUUUUCCCUGUACUGAAGCUAGUUUGA